CGGAGUUACGAGUAGAUAGAUGUUGGUCAGUUUGUAAAUUUGGCUUAGUUAAAUUCAAUCCACUUGCGCGCGCAGUCAUUACUGAUACGACGGAGUUUUCUGCUAUUUUCGUUUCUUUACCAAUUUUGUCCGUGGUUUCGAUUCCCGAAUUUGAUUUCAUGCCCAUUGUGCAUGUACGGGGAGAAUCAAUAGAUGCGUCAGUUACAUUUUUAGAAUCUCAAGAAUGUGCGCAUUUCAGUUACGCCUCUAUUAUAAUGCAAAGUUGAUUAAUAUGAAUGUGCUCACGAUCGCAUUAGCAGUGACGAUAGCAGUGGAAACUACAGGAUAUGAACUAAUUCAAAUGAUGCCAAAUGCCGCUUCGAAUGUACUACAAGCGUCAUCAACUCCGCACAGCAAUAAUGAGACCCCACAUAAAACUUUCCCAGAGCAAAUUGGAAAAAAAGAAGAAUUUUUCGAAAGCAACUCAAAUCAACCGCAUUCGAGACGAAAACGUUUGGUGUGGAUAACUGAUGAUGGCCGACUCGCGUUACCACCAGGCACCUCACUUACAUUUACCCCUACUAUAGCAAUGCCUUUGGUCCGACAUCCACCAGAAGGAUUCUUUUCAAAUGUAUCAAUUAGCUUCCCAUUGACAAUUGAUUUUGACAAGCUCGGCUUGACGGACGAGUCGAACCCACUGGGUGAUUUACCACCCAUUUUCACAAGACAAUUUGGUCGGUCAACAGGUCACGUGCUUGGGGAUUACAUGGCGCGUUAUCUCCACUACAAAAGUAAACGUGAUUUGGCUGCUCAAAGUGAAUCCUUCGGUAAGGAGUCUCCUUUUUUUCAAAUAAGAAAAGAGAGACAGAACGAAGAAAAUUUGGACCUACCCCGACUGCCAGAACGUUUUAAACAUGCAUUCCAUGGUGGAGAGAGAGUUAUGCUCUAUGGAGUUGUAGAAGAUUUACUUGGGACUUUCGGGAUUAAUGGCAAGGCAUGUCUUCUGCGUACCAUAUGCGAAGUGCAUUCCCGGAGUAUAAAUCAUUUUGGCGUUUUCGGUGAAAUAACGAAAUUAUUUUUAACCGCAACUAGUUCACCAUUCGCUGAUCUGAUACCGGAAUAUGUUCGUGCGCAGGAAAUAGGAGAAGGCCGCAAAGCUCCUGGUGAAUGUUUUCCAUAUUAUAAACAGUGUCCAAAGAGUAUAUUUAAAGCCGCACAGAAGGAGAAAUAUAGGGAAUCACAUUCAGACAAUUAUGGGGAAUCACGAGACAAUGAGGUUAUCAAGCAAAAGUUGCCCGAUGAAUUAAAUAGGUUCACUUCUGUGAAGUCAACCGAUUCGCCUCAUGAAACCAGACAAAUAUUCAGCAUGUAAAAAAACACCUGUUAAAACACUACUUCAAGCUGUGAAGGAAAUUAAUUUUCAUGAAAAUGCAUAGCUUGAGUUAGUUUUCAAUGAAAGUCAUUUUUUAGCAAAUUGCUCAUCAGUCUAAGUCGAAUUUAAUAGCUAAUUAAUCUUUUAAUAUAAUUACAGUAUUUAUUGUUCUUAAAUGCGUAUUGCGCAUUGGUAUGUGUAAAUAUUAAAUUGGAUGAUAUUUAUUCUUCCUUAGAAAAUAAUAGUGAAUUGUAAGAUAUAAA